UACCCCUCCGUUUUAAUUUGUAUGUAUGGUUUUGACUUAUAUGGAGUUUAACUAUUGAAACUUCUGGUCCUAAAGUAAGGAUAUGUGGAAUGUAUCAAAACACGACAUGUGGAAAGUUAGAAUUAAAGAGUUGUAAAAAAAAAGAUAUCCUUUUUGAAAUGGAUUAAAAAGAAAGUAAGGCAAACAAAUUGAAUCGAGGAAGUAUUAAACUCCAAAUUCUUGAAUGAUAAAAAGUGGAUCAUCCUUGAUUGCUUUACUAUCAAAAAUCUGUUCUGAAGCUCAGUUGUUCAAUUUUUUUCUUCCCUUUUAAGUUCAUCACAGUGUCUUUUAAUCACCAUUUUUCAGAAAAAGAGAUGUCUUCUGACCAUUAUCUGUCAUCAAAGAGUCGUCUUUUUGAACGUUUGGAACUUCGUUAUGGUGUUUUAAAAUCGAUAGAUAUAGUGAACUACUUUAUGCUGGAAUUCAAAUUCCUAGAUAUUUUUCUCGUCUUGCAGAGGUUCACAGAUGAACAACACAACAUGCUAGAUGUCAUUCAGAAAGCCCAAGCUCUAUUUCAAGAUGCUCUAAUGAACUUCUCUGAAUCACACCUAGCUGAGUGCUUCGACUUUCGUAUCUUUAUGGUACAUAACAAGAUUUUGUUAACUAAGCUGGAAAUUAGAGCCAAAUACUCCUUUCCUAAAAUAUCAUCUUUGCCACUAAAUUCAGACAACAACGAUGGUACUUCUAUUCCCAAAUUUGUAACGGGAUUCAUAGAUAUCGUGGUGGAGAAUCUCGGUGAUCUUAUGAAGCGUGGUAAUAAUCAUUUACAUCAUGUUCUCAGGGAACUGAAAUUGCUGAAAAAUUUCUCAUGCUUUGUUUCAGAGAGGUUCGUAGAUCAUCAGAGCCAACAUUAUGUUAAUUUCUUCACUCAUGUUUUAGCAGUGGCUGGCCAUGCGUCAAUGCUUGCCUGGUUGAAUUUUUCAGGCCGUGGCUACGAAGGUCAAGAUGUGGCUCUAAGUGAUAUGAAUGUUUUGCUUUUCUUGCAAAUGAAAUUCAAGCCCGUUCAGCAAUGCGUCCGCAAGAUCUAUGUUGAUGUCUUGCAAUCUUUAAAGUUGUCGAUACAAUCAGGAUGGUAUCCCAACGUCCAAAGUAAGAAUGCAGUUGACAGUGUAUCCAGUUUUGUGGUUACUAUCCUACGCGAUUUAGUAGAUUUUUCAACUAAUAGUAACUCCAGUGAGAAAGUUUCUUUGAAGGAUCACUUGGAAAUACUUCGGAAGAUGAUCAACUUCUUGAGAGCCACCAUCAUGCGUGUGAUGAUACAAGAUCUUGAAUUUCGUCAAGAUAUUGACACUGUGGUUAUUGAUGUUGGACUUCUGAUUUACUCUUUAUAUGAAGAAGUGUGGGAGAAGGAAGACAUAGCAUUGAGAGAAUUGAACCCUUCACUUGUUCUUGAUUUGAUGGGAAACAUUCAAUGUAUCAACACAGCAAUCUAUGUCACUAUCCGGAAGGGAUUUCAAUUUACUUUGCCAAGGAUUCAUGGAUUAGGUUAUGUUGAUUUCCUUUUAAACAACUUGAAGGAGUUCCAAACCAGCCAUUCAGACUCACUAGCUUCUGUCGCAAACCCACUUCAAAUAAUUCAGAUGCAACUUGAGGGCUUGCAACCUUUUCUAGAGGCUAUUGCAGAAGAGCGGCACAAAGACAUCGACCAAAUUCAACAUUGGGCAACACAACUGUUUGACAAAGCAUAUGAGGUGGAAUACUUAGUUGAUGCUUGUAUUAGCAAAAAAGGUCCUAUAUGGUGCAUCAAACGUUGGGUCUUGGAUGUCAUGAAGGAGAUUACUCUUAUCAAAGAUGAGGCAGCAGAGAUUCAUGAAAUGAAAAUGGUUGGCGGUGCAGUGAACGCUGUCACAGCUCAUAAGUCAUCAAAUUUGGUAAGGUCUUCAAGGAUGAAUGAAGAAAUAAUUGGUUUUGAGGAUGUCAUAGAAAAGUUAAGAGACCAACUAAUAAAAGGCACCAAAGGACGAGAUGUUAUCUCGAUUAUCGGUAUGCCAGGUCUAGGCAAGACGACGUUGGCCUACAGACUCUACUAUGACUGGUCAGUCUCUUCUCACUUUGACAUUCGUGCACAGUGUUGUGUGUCUCAAUUAUAUUCACGUAAGGAGUUGUUAAUGGCGAUUUUACGUGAUGCUAUCAAUGAGAAAUUUGAGAGUAGCGAAAAACAACCUGAUGAAUUAGCUUAUCAGCUUCACAGAACUUUAUUUUCGAGAAGAUAUCUUAUCCUUGUCGAUGAUGUGUGGGAAACUAGUGUGUGGGAUGAUCUGGUAGGUUGUUUCAGAGAUGCCAAUAAUGGAAGUAGAAUCAUCCUAACAACCCGAAAUCUUGAUGUAGCCAAUUACACUAGAUUUUAUAGUGAUCCCCUUCAACUUCGUAUGUUUAACGAGGAUGAAAGUUGGGAGUUACUCCGGAAAAAGGUGUUUGGUGAAGAAAGUUGCCCCCCUCUCCUAACAGAAGUUGGACAACAAAUAGCAAAAAAGUGUGGUCAACUGCCUCUUUCAGUUGUUUUGGUGGCUGGUAUUCUGUCUGAGUUGGAGAAGGAAGAAGAAUGUUGGGAACGAUUUGCCAACAAUUUAGGUCCCCACAUUCACAAAGACUCGAGGGCCAUUAUAGAACAAAGUUAUCAGAUUUUACCCUAUCAUCUCAGGUCUUGCUUUCUUUACUUUGGAGCAUUUCCAGAGGACAGUGUAGUUCAUGUUUCAACAUUAGCACAGUUGUGGAUCUCCCAAGGAUUUGUUAAAAGUUGUGAAGGAAAGAUCUUGGAGGAUAUAGCAGAAGGCUAUUUGGAGAAUCUUAUUGGAAGAAAUCUAGUGAUGGGAAUCAAGAGGAAUUCUCAAGGUAAGAUCAAAACAUGUUGCCUUCAUGACCUAUUGCAUGAUUUCUGCAAGGAAAGAUCAGAGGAAGAGAAUUUUAUCCGAUGGAUAAAGUGGAAUGAAAAUGCCAGUCCAUCUUCCUGUUUUGAUCGUCAGAAGCAACUUGCUCAUCACAUAUCCAUUUCUCCAUACAAGUAUCCUAUUGGAGAUUGGAGCUCAUGUUGGUCACAUGUUGGCUCUGUAUAUUUUUUUGAUUGGAACUAUUGGCGUGCCCUUCAAGGUGUCCUCCUCUUCAAGAUUUACAACUUCAAGUUUCUUAAAGUGUUGAAUAUGAGGGAUGUUUUAGUACAUGAUUUUCCUACUGAUCUAGUUUACUUGAGGUUUUUUGCUGCAAGAGUUCACUUCCGACAUGAUACUUCAAUCAAACACAAUUGUUGGAAACUUGAAGUUCUGACGUUACUGAAUAGUGAUAAUGCGACAAGAAUGUCACUACCCAUUAGAGUCGAGAAGAUGGUUAAACUGAGACAUCUGACUAUCACCAAUUGUUGCUUCGCAAGAAAAUUACUUGAGAACUCCGUUAAGCUUUAUGAUCUGCAAACUCUCAUCGGUCCAUAUUUUUAUUGUGUCAAGGAUGUGGAGUUGAUUUUGAGAAAAACACCUAAUCUACGGAUACUGAGGUUUAGAAUUGAGGGUGUUGACAACUUUCGGCACAGAGUACUGAACAUUCCAACAUGGAUUGAAAAGGUACGCAUUCAUCGUGAAAGAGCUCCUCGUGACUAUGUCUCUAAAAUCAUCCCCUUUUCCAUCUCCGCACCAAGUCUCAGAAGCUUGACACUAUGCGACUUUUACCUGCAUCACCAGCACUUAUCAGAAAUUGCUUCACUUCAGAACCUUCAGACACUUGGUCUACAAGAAAUUGGCUUUGAGAACGAGGAAUGGAAAGUGAGCAAUGGCGAGUUCCUUCAACUCAGAACGUUGAAACUACAAGAUAUAAAGUGCAUUAAAGAAUGGAGAUGUGUCAAUGACGAUGCAUUUCCCCAACUUGAACGAUUGGUUUUGCAUUACUGUCAAAAUCUUAAGGAGAUCCCUUCUUGUUUCAAAGACAUCUCUUGUCUAUUGUCCAUUAAGGUAAGGCGUUGCAACGAAUCUGUCGUCAAAUCAGCCAGAGCUAUCCAAGAAACACAAGUUGAAGACUAUCAGAAUUCUGGCUUCCAGGUCUUUAUCGAUGAUGAUUGAGGCCUUUAUGCAGCUGCUCUUUCCGAAGCCAUCUCAAGUGCACUCUCGUCAUCCUCUUCAGGUAUAAGUAAUUCAAUUAAAUCUACUUAACAUCUAGAUCCUGGGGCUUCCUAUCAUAUGACAGGUGAUUUGUCCCAAUUCUCAUCAUUGUCUAGUGGUGUUUCUAAACAUGUUAUUCAUACAGCAAACGGGCACACAUUACCCGCGUCGGGUAUUGGUUUUGUUGGAAAUCUUUCUAAUGUUCUUUAUGUUCCAAAUUUGAAGGAUAAUUUGGUUUCAAUUGGUCAACUAGUUGAUCAAAAUUAUGUUGUCAAAUUCUCACCCAAUGGUUGUGUUGUUCAGAAUCUGAAAAUAGGGAUGACCAUGGCCACGGGGCAUAGAUUUGGCAGAAUAUUCCUACUAGAGUCGGUUCACCGUCACUUGCAUCAUUGUUUUCUUUCAGUUUCUGAAGCGGAUGUUACCUGUUCGAAUAAAUUGCUCACUCUUUGGCAUAAUAGGAUGGGUCAUCCUCAUUCUUCUCGACUUCAUCACAUGCUUAAAUCAUGUCUUCCUGUAGCACAUCACCUCCAUUCCAGUCUCCUUUUGGCAUGUACAAAUUGUGCUGGUUCAAAAAGUCACAAGCUUCCUUUUCCAUCCAGUUCAUCUGCUUAUGAAAAUCCAUUUGAUUUAGUACAUAGUGAUGUUUGGGGUCCUUCUCCUAUUUUGUCAAGGUUGGGAUAUAAGUACUUUGUGUUAUUUAUUGAUCAUGUAUCCAGAUACACCUGGGUAUUUUUUCUUAGAAAUAAAUCUGAGGUUCCGACUCUUAUUAUGAAUUUUGUUGAGUAUGUUCGCACUCAAUUUCAUAAAACUAUAAAAGUAUUUUGUUCGAGGAGAAUACACUAAGACUAAUCUUAUUGAUUUUUUCAAAAUAAAGGAAUUAUUGCCCAACACACUUGUCCUCAUACUCCAGAAUAAAAUGGGGUCGUAGAAAGGAAGAAUCGACAUGUUUUAGAAACUACAUUGGCUUUAUUGAGUACAUCAAAUAUGCCAAAAUGUUUUUGGCCCGAAGCAGUACAUACUUCUGUAUAUUUGAUCAAUAGACAAACUUCCCCAGUCAUUGGAAAUGAGACAUCGUACUUUAAAUUAUUUCAUAGUGAGACUGAUUAUUCUCACUUGUGGAUUUUUGGUUGUGUUUUAUUUGUACAUCUUCCAGCACAUGAACGACAUAAGCUUUCGGAAGAGGCAUCACAAUGUAUUUUUGUGGGAUACAGUGACACACAAAAAGGGUAUCUCUAUUAUGAUGCAUGUCGUCGUCAGCUUCAAAUAUCUAGACAUGUUUUUUUCUUUGAGGAUCAGUUUUCUUGCAAACCAAUGCUAAACAUGCUUCAAAAUCUCUCUCUUUUUUGUAUAAGUUUGAUGAUGAUGUGGUAGCUACUAACCCUCAGCUUUAGUCUUUGGAACAACCUGUGGACUAUGAUAAUGGUGAUCUACAGCCUUCAUCUUUUUAAAGUACUAAUCCUCCGCUUGGAUCUUCAAAACAACCCAUGAACAAUGGUAAUGAAGUUCUCCAACCUUCAUCUAUUUCUGGUAUUGACUCUACAUUGCCAUUCUCAUCUUCGGAAGAGGGAUCCUCUCAUCCAGUUACUCUUCCAUGCCGGUCUAGUAGAAUAAAUCGCCAUGCUCCCAAAUGAUUUAGCUACUCUCCAGGGAAAUUUGGUAAGUCCUAUGCCUUGCAUACCACACUACAUUCUAUUGAGGUUCCUACAUCUUACUCCCAGGCUUCUACACAAACCUGUUGGAAAAAGGCAAUGUCGGAAGAGCUUUGUGCACUGAAUGAAAAUUCAACUUGGGACUUUAUUGAUAAAACAACGGAUGGAGUUCUCAUUGGAAGUAAGUAGGUGUAUUCCAUUAAAAUAAAGGCAGAUGGUACAAUUGAUCGCUAUAAAGUUCGAUUGAUUGCUCAAGGUACAAACAGGAGUAUGGGGUGGAUUAUGAGAAGACUUUUUCACCUGUUGCUAAGAUGACAAUGGUACAGACAUUAUUGGCCUUGGUUUCAAUUAAAGGCUGGACUUUACAUCAGUUGGAAGUGAAAAAUGUGUUUUUUUACGGUGAUCUGGAAGAAGUUGUGUUUAUGAAACCACCACCUGGGUGUGUUCUGCCAAGACCAAAUGUAGUUUGUCAUCUUAAAAAAUCUCUUUAUAGCUUAAAACAGGAUCCCAGAGCUUGGUUUGACAAAUUUCGAUCCACAAUU